UACAGCUGUACCAGCUGACGUCGUUCUUGAAAGCGUUUGAGUAUCACGUCAAUCAAUUUAAAACAAGUUCUGCGGUUACAAAUUUGCUGCAGUAUCGUAUCGGUCAGGUAGUAACAUUUAUUAGUAACUCUGGUUGGGCAUUUAUAGCUGAAAGUAAACGAAUUGCUUUAUAUCUUUCACGACAUUUGAUUUUUGAUUAAUUAUUAGACUUCGUCAGCUGACGAUAUGGGGGAGGGUUUAAAGACAGAAGGAAGCCAUCUUGGGGUUUCUGUAUAGCCAACAAAAUAGGGAAAAUACCAGAGAUACAACCAAAAUUGUACUGAUUAUCUCAACCAUCCGAGGGCGGCAGUGUGGAGUUGUGGUCAGAGAGUUGGACUUAAACAUCCGAAUCCCACGAGCAGCACUACGUUUUACCCUUGACCAAGGAGGAAAAACAUCAAUCUGGAAGAUGAUUAGGGUGAAGAAACGGGUGGAUUUUAGAACAUGCAAUAUUAAAUGACUUGCGAGACAGCCCCGGGCCACUUGAGACCAUACCUGUACGAAUGAGGAAAGCAGGACAGGCUGUACCCCCUCGACUUUUUCCUGCAUUGCAGCACUGACUCAUUUGCUGAGCGACACUUGGAAUAAUAUUCCUCGAAGGAGUUUUUAAGUCUCAGCAGAAGUGGCUUGAGAAAAUAUAAAGCUGUUGACGUUGCACACUUGGGCUUGCUGCCUCGGACGCUGUGGAACCUAUCGAGGAAGACUUCUUUUUUUUUCUUUUUCUUGCAAACGGAUUUCCCUGCAAAACUUUUGGGGGUAGGGGCGUUUUGUUUUCCACUGGAUUGGGGGGGUUAAAAAAGUAAGGAGGGGAGGAGGGAGAAAAGGAAAAAUAAAAAAUAAAAAGAAAAGGAUUAAUUAUAAUAGACUUGGCACAGCCAUGAGCACCGUGAGAACGGAGAACCCAGUGAUCCUGGGCCUGUCCAAUCAGAACGGGCAGCUCCGGGGGUCGGUGAAGCCGGCCGUGGGCCCCGGCGGGGGAGUGGGCGGCCCCGCCCUGCAGCAGGCGAGCCAGGCCAAGUCGUCCAGCACAAUAAACAACGGCAGCUCCCAGACCAUGGCCACGUCCAACGCCGCCAUAAAGCCUGGUGAUGACUGGAAGAAGAAUUUAAAACUUCCUCCAAAAGACAUGAGAAUGAGGACUUCGGAUGUGACCGCAACCAAGGGCAACGAGUUUGAGGAUUACUGCCUGAAACGCGAGCUGCUGAUGGGCAUCUUCGAGAUGGGCUGGGAGAAGCCGUCGCCCAUCCAGGAGGAGAGCAUUCCCAUCGCACUGUCCGGGAGGGAUAUUCUGGCCCGGGCGAAGAACGGGACUGGCAAGAGCGGCGCCUACCUCAUACCCUUACUUGAACGCAUCGACCUGAAGAAGGACUAUAUACAAGCUCUGGUCAUCGUGCCCACCAGGGAACUGGCUCUCCAGGUGAGCCAGAUCUGCAUCCAGGUCAGCAAACACAUGGGCGGGGUCAAAGUCAUGGCGACCACGGGGGGCACCAACCUCCGCGAUGACAUCAUGAGGCUCGACGAGACGGUGCACGUAAUAAUUGCCACCCCUGGGAGGAUUUUGGACCUCAUCAAAAAGGGCGUGGCCAAAGUGAACCACAUUCAGAUGAUUGUAUUGGAUGAGGCAGACAAGCUGCUGUCCCAGGACUUUGUGCAGAUGAUGGAGGAGACGUUGAGCACCAUGCCCAAAUACAGGCAGAUCCUCCUCUACUCGGCCACCUUCCCCCUCAGCGUGCAGAAGUUCAUGAACGCCCAUCUGCAGAAACCCUACGAGAUUAACCUGAUGGAGGAGCUCACUCUGAAGGGGGUGACCCAGUAUUACGCCUACGUGACCGAGAGACAGAAGGUCCACUGCCUUAACACGCUCUUCUCCCGGCUCCAGAUUAACCAGUCCAUAAUCUUCUGCAACUCGUCCCAACGCGUGGAGCUGCUGGCCAAGAAGAUCUCCCAGCUGGGCUACUCCUGCUUCUACAUCCACGCCAAGAUGCGACAGGAGCAUCGUAACCGCGUGUUCCACGACUUCAGAAACGGCCUCUGCAGGAACCUCGUCAGCACCGACCUCUUCACCAGAGGCAUCGACAUACAAGCUGUGAACGUGGUGAUCAACUUCGACUUCCCCAGGCUGGCCGAGACGUACCUCCACCGCAUCGGCCGAUCAGGACGUUUUGGUCACCUGGGCCUGGCCAUCAACCUGAUCACCUACGACGACCGCUUCAACCUGAAGGGCAUCGAGGAGCAGCUGGGCACCGAGAUCAAGCCCAUCCCCGGCAGCAUCGACAAGAGCCUGUACGUGGCCGAGUACCACAGCGAGAGCGGGGAGGAGGCCAAGCUGUGAGCCAGCCCGCAGGUCGUCAGUCAGAAUAUUCCCGUCCCCUCCUCCCUGUAUGUUCAGUGUCUCCCCCUGUCCCACCUCACCUUUCAUGUCUGGAAGACUUUAUUUUUGAAAUGCAUACUUUUCAUUUGUUACUCCCCACCGACCUUUGGAGUGUGUGUGUGUGUGUGUACGUGUGCUCAUGCGUUUGUAUGUCUGUCUUUGUUUGUGUGUCGGUUUGUACACAUGCGUUCGUGUGUGUGUGUGUGUGAGCAGGACGUAGUGCGAGACCACGGCUCUUGUGAGUCCACGUGAAAAUAGGUGGACACUGCUGCACUACCAUCUCCACAGAAUAUAGACACUCACGGGGGCGGGGCUGACUUGGGAGAGAACACACCCCCACGUGUUGCUGCCCCGCCCAUUCCCCCUCCCCCUUCAUUUGCACCUACCUGUCCCCAGUGAGCCACCCUUCACCCCCCCCCCCCUUCCCCCCUCGCUUCCCCUCCUCUACCCUCUUCUCUGUGGAUUUCAUUUAAGGCUUUUUGCUAUUUGUAUCAAGUGCCUUAAGAAGCAGUUGACCUUGUUCAAAGUAAUAACUCUCUUUUAGUUUCAUCUGAUCUGUCCCAUUCACAUCACUGGUUUCCAGGAAUCGUUUUUUUUUUUUUUUUUUUGCCCCCCACCCCCUUUGCUCCACCCGUCAUUUAAAAAGACAUAGGUCCACGUAUAGGUUUGUGUAAGAGAGAAGUACCGGAGGUGUUGAAAUGGUAGCACACACACACAAACCAGCACGGAUGGGCCUGGCUGGUGCGCAGCAACGCUCCAGCUCCGAAGUCAGCAAAGACUCGCGUCGCUCGCCCCCGGUUUCAGAAGCGACUGGACGCCCUUUUUCCUCUUCCUGUCCCGUCAAGGAGCGCUCGCUUUUAAAGGACGCAGACUCUCACCUCCUCUGUCAUCGAAACGCGAAGAAACUUCAACAGAACUUUUGGGAGCUGUGUCUCUCGGACUCAGAGGAAACAUUUGGAGGAGGGGAGGGGGGAGAUCAGUAUUUUGUCCCCUUUGUCAUCUUAUUUUAAUUUUUUAUUUUCGAUCACCACCCCUGUCUGUCCUACGUGUGCCGUAGACUGCUGUUAUUUGGCACGAUGUAAACUUUGUACAUACUUUGUUUCAUUUUUAAAGAUUCUUUUAAACAAGCGUCAGGAGGCUGGUUAUCGUAAUGACAGUGAUGUGUUCUGGCAGCCCCUGGGAGGGUUAAGAUUCUAGUCAACACUGUGGAGGGAAUGUAGCAAAAUUUUUCAAUUUUGCGAUCAUGAUAUUUUUAGUUUGUUUCCACCCCAGUGAAAACUGAAAGCUUUGGCAGUAUUCCACUUUGAAUACUGCACUUUAAGUCCAAGUGCAGUUUAAUGGACUCUCUUAUUUAUUACUGAUGGAAAAACAAUGGACUGGAUUAAGGUUUGCCCGUAGCUCAUAAAACCGCGAUGCUAAUAUAGCGGGGGAAAACUCGCGCUAUUGGUGCCACUGAAAGAGUUUGGUUUCUUUUGAAAUUUGACGAGCGCGUUCAUCGUGGAACCCGUAAACCCCCCCCCCCCCCCCCCCCCUUCGCGUAACCAGUGUUCGCUCAACGUCUUAACCCUCAGAGGUGGCUGUGAAGUGAAGCCUAAUUAUAUAUGUAAACUGCGAGGACGAGAAUUUUCUUUGAAUUAUCCAGCCUUUGCUUGUGUGUCUGACUUGCGAGGCGUGGGCCAGUAUCUCCGCCUGUUAUGAAGUACAAACCGAAGGACGCGCGGCCCGCGAGACGGAAGGACGGGCCUCUAAACCGGCGCGCUUAGCGCCGUUAGCACGUCGUAGCGCAGCCCGUUUAGCGACGGGUGGGGAAUUAGCGGCGCGCUACCCAACGCGAAGCGCUUCGACAAAGCCCCGAGUCAGCGGCUCCCGAGUUCUCGCCCCGAGCCAGAGCUGGAAAACGGACGGGAGCUCGCUUUUCUUUUUUCUUUUUUUUUUUCUUUCUUCUUCCCCCCCCCCCCCGGUCCCGUGAGAAAAUGGCGUCUCGGCCUUCGCCCGUGGCUUAAACGCCGCCUCCCGACUGCGCGGAAGGGAGCGCCGUCUUCGGUGCGCCGUAAGUCGGCUGGCUUUUAAUUUUAACCAGUUUACAGACGACGCUGCACAUAAAAGAAGAAAAAAAAUCUACAUAGCGUUAGCAGCCGGAGCUGCUCUCGAGUGCAGACUUGAGUACCGGGGGUUUGGGCGAUUAUUGCUGGCUGCACUGCUACCCCUGCAUUUGGGUCAGCUGGAG